ACAGAGAUUGGAAGGAGCUAUGGCAACAAACAUCAAUAUGGAGUGGAUCAAACCAGAACAAAAAUGAUGGAGUGGCCAUUCUAAUCAAAAAAACCCUAGUCACAGUGAAGGGUAGCACCGUGGAAAGUGAUUUUAGACCUGGAACGAGCCAUCUUUUAUUUCCUGUGGGGGUCCAAGUGGGAACGAGUGCAAAGAAGCGUGAUGAAGAAGCCAAAAGAGAAAGGAGGGAAAGGAGUGCCGGACCUGUUAUUGUUUUUAGGGAGCAGAUUUACAGCUAUACACAUAACAGCAGCCACGGCCCCAUCCAGAAAUCCUAAGACUACAGCUAUGGCACGGUUCUGGAUGGGGUCAUACCUCAGAAGAUUGAAGAUAUUACCCUCGGAUCUUAAAGUACCAGUGUCUUUUAUCCUGCCGCCAACCUACGUUUUUAUCCAGACCUUUUUAAAACGUUUUUACCUUGAGCAAGAAGAAGUGUAUGUUUUAACAAAUCAUCGCUCUCUCAUUUCAGUUGUGCAGGAGCGGGAACCAGUGAGUCCAGUGCGUGGGCUGGCACUUGGCGAGCCCUCAACUGUUUGGCGCAACGUGAACCAUUCGGCUCUCCCAAACAGACUCCGGGACCUGUCGUGGAUGGUGGCUCACGAGAUCCUCCCGGUCAGGUCCGUUAUGCACUCCCGGGGCAUGUCAGCGCACUCAAACUGCCCCCGACCUGACUGUGGCGAGCCGGAGUCGGUGAGGCAUUUGCUCUGGGAGUGCAGCGCUGCCGUAGACCAGUGGGCAAUGGCCGGCUCCUUGCAAUUCCCGUACUUACCAGCAAGGGAGGUCCUCACAGCACAGCUAGUGCUGUAUGGGGUGAGCCCAAAGAAACCGAUGCCAGCAUGUGACUUUGCAAAGCAGUGGCUCACCCUGGCCGCCAUCAAAGACGCCAUUUGGACCUCCAGAAACUUGCUGGUAAGAAAGCACAUGCAGAAGCAAUCAAAGCAGCCGCGGCCUGACUCUCCGGGUGAGGCAGGUGGGAAGGAGCAACAAGGGGAGGGCCUCCUCUGAGCACCGCAACAGGAUCCCGAGAGACCCAAACGGAUUAAGUACAUCCUUGUUAGGGACCCACUGCGCUCCUGCACAACUGAUUUUUGAAGAGAGCUUUUUAACCAACGCUCUCUCUCUUAAAACUUUUAAUAUGGACACUAAACACACUCUGACAUGCACAAGAUGACAACAUUUUAUAUUUACCUGAAAGUUAUGAAAACAAC